AUGACUUUUGUUAAAGACCUAAAGCCCAUCGCCUUGCAGGACACUAAGUUGUUCGAGCCCAUCCAGAUAGGCGAUACUACGGUGGAGCACCGUGCAGUGAUGUGCCCGCUGACUAGAAUGAGGGCUCACCAUCCUGGCAAUGUGCCCAACAAGGACUGGGCACUCGAGUAUUACGACCAGCGCUCCAAGGCCCCGGGUACCAUGAUUAUCACAGAGGGUACAUUCCCUUCGCCCCAGUGCGGAGGUUACGACAAUGCGCCAGGGAUCUGGUCAAAGGAGCAGAUUGAACAGUGGAAAAAGAUCUUUGCCAAGAUCCACGAAAACAAGUCGUUCGCGUGGGUGCAGCUGUGGGUGCUCGGUAGACAAGCUCCCUGUGACACAUUGAAAAGAGAUGGUUUGCGCUACGAUUCUGCCUCUGACGAGGUUUACAUGGAUGAUGCAUCCGAGAAGAAGGCGAUCGAGUGUGACAACAGGCAGCACGGUAUCACCAAAGAAGAGAUUAAACAAUACGUAAAGGACUACGUGCAAGCCGCCAAGAACUCUAUAGAUGCCGGCGCGGAUGGUGUUGAAAUUCAUAGCGCAAACGGGUACUUGUUGAACCAGUUCUUAGACCCUAUCUCGAACAAAAGAACCGACGAAUACGGUGGAUCUAUCGAGAACAGAGCACGUUUUGUGUUAGAAGUCGUCGACGCUGUCGUCGAUGCAAUCGGUGAGAAGAAGGUUGGCAUUCGUUUCUCCCCAUACGGUACCUUUGGUAAUAUGUCCGGGGCUUCAGACCCUGGGCUGAUUGCCCAGUACGCGUACGUGGUUGGUGAACUGGAGAAGAGAGCCAAGGCUGGUAAGAGACUAGCAUAUAUCCACCUUGUCGAGCCUCGUGUCACCAACCUAUCACUCACUGAGGGUCAAGGCUGGUAUAAGGAGGGCUCGAACGAUUUUGUCUACAGCAUCUGGAAGGGCCCUGUCAUUAGAGCUGGUAACUAUGCACUAGAUCCCAGCGCUGCGAGGGACGAUGUCCAGAAGAACGACAGAACCUUGAUCGGUUACGGCAGGCUUUUCAUUUCCAACCCAGACUUAGUACAAAGAUUGAAGGAGGGAUUGCCAUUGAACAAGUACGACAGGGAUACAUUCUAUGCUAUGACUGACAAGGGUUACAUUGACUACCCAACUUAUGCGGAGGCUACAAAGGUUGCUGCCUCGCAGUAG